CUGCCAAAAUCCAAAUAUCAAAUUAAAAAAAAAAAAUGUACACAAGUUGGUGUAAAUGCAAACUGCGAAGUCAAAUAUUAGAUGCAAGUUUUUAGUGAAGCACUGUAAACUGUAAUUACAAGUAAACUGCAUUAAUAAAUGCAACUCUCUAUUUAGAAUGAAAUAAAAAUUGCGGAGUUCCAAGGAGCAUAAAUUGUAGUAAUGGGCAGUCCAGAGCGUGAACUGUGUCCACCACCAUCAGAAGAAGAUGAACUUACUCUGCCACGGGCUAGUAUAAAUAAAAUGAUAAAAGAAUUAGUGCCAUCAGUUCGAGUGGCUUUUGAGUCGAGAGAAUUAAUAUUAAAUUGUUGUACUGAAUUUAUUCACCUUAUAAGCUCUGAAGCAAAUGAAGUAUGCAACCAAAGCAAUAAAAAAACUAUAAAUGCUGAACAUGUACUCACAGCUCUAGAUAAACUGGGAUUUAGUGAUUAUACAGUGGAAGCUGAGGCAGUCCUCAAAGACUGUAAGGCAGUUGCUGCAAAAAGAAGAAGGCAAAGCACUAGGCUUGAAAAUCUUGGCAUACCUGAAGAAGAAUUACUCAGGCAGCAACAAGAGUUGUUUGCAAAGGCUCGCGAGGAACAAGCAAAGCAGGAACAGCAGCAAUGGCUAUUACUGCAGCAACAGGGAUUGGUUGGAGCCGAAGGUACUCCACAACCAUAUAUUCCACCCAUGGUACCUAGACAAGAAGAUGAAGAAGAUGAUGACUACUCAUAAAUAUAUCAUAGUAAGUCAACAACUGAACAGCUAUAGAUUCACCACAGAGAAAAAUUUUUCACAAAAAAAAAAAAUUAACC